ACGGCCCCACAGGCCCUCGACGGUUACUUAACACCGCACCGCGGCGGGCGGCGGCACUAACCGACCCCCCACUCCGCCGCCAUGAGGUGCUGGCUCGCCGUGCUACUGUGCGCCGGCUUCGCGCAUGCGCAGCACAAAGCUGACGAGCAGUUCCUCAGGAGACAGCUGCAGGUGCUGAAGCUGCUGAGACACAUCGCUGAGCCGGUGCACGACUCGGAGCUGCUGGCCAUCAAGAACAGCUUCAACCCGCUCAGCCACUUGAGCAACUACAAGUGUCCAGACUGCGUGCAACGCACGGCGGACGAGGUGGCGGCCGGCCGCUUCAUCGGCCGCGGCGAGAUCUUCAGCCUGUUCCACCCGGAGCACCGCGGCCAGAUGGUGCAGAUGUUCGAGGCGCUGCACGGGGCCACCGACUUCGACACGUUCCUGGGCACGGCGGCGUGGCUGCGCGACCGCGUCUCCCCGCGCCAGUUCCUGUACGCCUUCAGCGUGGCGCUGCUGCACAGGCCCGACUGCCGUGGAAUCACCCUGCCCCCCGCCUACGAGAUCACCCCGCACAUGUUCCUCACCACUGACGUGGUGCGCCGCGCCUACCAGGCCAAGAUGACCCGGCAACCCACGGUGAUCCCCAUGAAGUUCACCGGCUCAGUGAACAACCCCGAGCAGCGCGUGGCAUACUUCGGAGAGGACAUCGGCAUGAACAGUCACCACGCGCACUGGCACAUGGACUUCCCCUUCUGGUGGAAGAGGGACUACCCCGGCGACAAGGACCGCAAGGGCGAGCUGUUCUUCUACAUGCACCACCAGAUGGUCGCCAGGUUCGACGCGGAGAGGCUGUCCAACAACCUGCCGGCCGUGGAGCCGCUCGACUUCGACGAGAAGAUCGUGGAGGGCUUCGCGCCGGGCGCCAUGUACGACAACGGCCAGGAGUUCCCCGUCAGGCCCGACGGCGUCGCGUUCCAAGACCUGCCCUGGCGGACCGUGCACGAGAUGAAGCUGUACGAGGGCCGCAUCAGGGAUGCCAUCGCCGCCGGCUUCAUCAAAACCUCUGACGGCCUGGCCCACCUCAACAACAGCCGCGGCAUCAACCUGCUGGGGGAGAUCGUGGAGUCCUCGCGCCACUCGCUCAACAGGCAGUACUACGGCCAGCUGCACAACGACGCGCACGUGCUGCUCUCGAAGGUCACCGACCCGCAGCUCAAGUUCGGGAUGCCGCCCGGAGUGAUGGAGCACUUCGAGACGGCCACCAGGGACCCGGCCUUCUUCAGGCUGCACAAGCACAUCGACAACCUCUUCAAGCUGCACAAGGACCUGCUGCCGCCCUACACCCAGGACGAGCUGGACUUCCCCGGCGUGCGCGUGGAGGCCAUCAAGGUGGUGGGCCUGAGCAAGGCCAGCACCCCCAACACCCUCGUCACCUACUUCGACGAGUCGCACAUCGACCUGACCAACGCCGUCGAGGGCUCGGGCAAGUCCGGCGUCGACAUAAAGGCGGUCGUGAGCCGGCUGAAUCACGAGCCCUUCAAGUACGUGCUGACCGUCAACUCGGCCCGACAGACCACGGGCGUGGCCCGCAUCUUCCUGUCGCCCAAGUACGACUGGUUCGGCAAGGAGAUCCCCGUCAACACCCUGCGCUGGGGGGUCAUCGAGCUGGACCGCUUCCCCGUGUCAUUGACGGUGGGCGACAACGUGAUCGCGCGCAACUCCGAGGACUCCGUGGUCACCAUCGCCGAGCCGCGCAGCUUCCCCGAGCUGCUGCGGGAGGUGCAGGAGGCCCUCAAAGGCAACGAGGAGUUCGUCGUUGACAAGCAACUGCGUCACUGCGGCUUCCCGCACCGCCUGCUGCUGCCCAAGGGCAAGCCGGAGGGCAUGGCCUACCGCCUCUUCGUCACCGUCACCGACUACAGCAAGGACGUGGUGGACCCCAGCAUCAAGCCGGAGGACGUGGAGGCGCUGUCCUCGCUGGGCUACUGCGGCGUGCUGGACGGCCGCAUCCCCGACGGCCGCCCCAUGGGCUUCCCAUUCGACCGGCCCGUCGCGAGCCGCGAGGCCUUCCUCACGCCCAACACGCACGUCGUCGACAUCACCAUCAGGAACGUCAAGUAGGGUCCCCCUCGAGUCCCUGGACCUCUUCGGUCGUCGCAGCUACACCUGGACCUAGUCCACGGUGGCGGUACCCUCCGCAGUCCUUCACGUCAACACACCACCCGGGUAUCAACUAAAAAUAACAUCGUUAGCACACUCUGAAAAAAAUGGUUUUCACUUUAAAUUUACGAAAAUCGCCGAUUACAAAUUAACCCCAGUGAUUUUCGUAAAUUUACCGUUCAUCUCCGUAAGUGAAUCACUAAAAAUAAUCAUCUUGGUGUAGUUGCAAAAAACAUUCCUGUAUUUGUUAACUUUCCUGUAAAAAAAACCCUCUCUUAUUUCUUGGUAUUGUGUGUUUACCAUUAGAACAGAACUGGGAAUUCUUCUUACAAAAUACAAAGAAUUCUUCAUUUAUUAUGAGGCGAAUUCUUCGUUGAAAAGUCCGUAAAUUUUUCUUUAAGUUCUAAGAGUACAAUCUUAGUGGUAUCUUAUUUCUAAAUAGAAUAAGGGAAUCAUUGGUGAUUGGAAAUUUAGUUUAAGAUAUCAUAAAUAUUUUCAUAUGGAAUUAUUUCAUAACAGAAAAUAUUAUUUUAAAAUCCUCACAAAAUUAUUUUGUGGUCUCGCUGAAGCCACAGACGUGUGCUUCUAACACUGAAAUACUGACAACUUGGUUACAAUUCAACCAGUAGUCUACAAGAAUAAUUAAUGAUUUUUCCACGAAGUAUACUUAAAUAUGUUGCCUAUGCUACCUACAGAUCUAGCUGAGAUGACGCCGUGUUCGAAUCCAGCUGUGCUUCGCUGGUUGACACCACAGUUAGACGUGUGACCUUGAAGACUGCUCUUCCCUGAUUGGAUGUUUGCAAGUUGUAUCGAUGAAGCCAGAAUAAAGUUUGCAUGUAAAGUU